AACGGAAGGAACUGGGAGACCACUCGUGGCCUAUAUAGUGGCCCUGCUGGACCCGCCUUCAGACGUUUGAGAUGGGCAGCAAUGCAGUCUCCAACCCAUCCGUUCUAAUCCCUUGACAACAGAGCCCUUUGGCUCAUCCACUCCCCAAUCCACCAAGCAUAUGUAUCGCGGCCGAAUGUGAAUCCCCUACUCCCGAAAGAACAUGCCAGCCGUGGUGGAAGUGCUUCAACGGUCAUCGCUGCUUGCAAACAGAACAAUACGCAGUUACAGAUACCGUCACCUCUCACGAUUCGACAGGACCUCGCACUUUAGGAACGUCAUCAACCGAUUCGUGGCCCAUCUGGGAAACCAGGAAACGGAUAUGCCUGGAGGACCUCGGAACACACGAGCAAAGCCAUCGUCAGAGUCUCAAGAGGACAGAUCCAAGCCUUCUCGCGGCUCAGCAAAGACCACUACUUCGGACAAGAAGAAAGGCACAAAGACAGCGGAAAAAGCGCGGAGUACCGCGCCCCUGGCAACAUCAAAGCUGAAAGUACAGUUUCAGGGGAAGCUGCACUCCAGUAAAGCCGAAAUUGUUGAGACAUUAAUGGCUGUGUUCGAAGCAUGUCUUGACAAGCAACUCGAGUCGUACGAAGGCCCAUGCGAUGGCGAGGGCUGCUCGGGCCAGUCAUCGCAUGGGUCUUCGCACCGACCGUGUGGCAAGUCGACGACUGAUACCAGCAAGCAGACUCGUGGCAAGAAGAGACAGCUUCAGCGGGAUGACAACAGUGGCGGAGAGGACGACAAUGCGGAGGAUGGAGGAAGACGACCCAGCAAGAACAAGCGCAUAAAGAAGCAAAAUCGCCUCCUGGCCUGUCCGUACCGAAAAUACGCACCUGAUCGAUACAAGCAGGAGCAUGUGUGCUGUGGUCCAGGGUUCUCCGAGUUCCACAGGCUCAAGGAGCACGUGCAGAGAAGACACGGCCUCCCGUUGUUCCACUGUAGACGCUGCUAUGAAACUUUCAAAAGCGAAGCCGAGCUCGACGCCCAUUCGCGCGCCGCCAAGGCUUGCACCGUUCGUCAGCUGUCGCCCAAGCCACGAAAGCUGGAGGAUGGCUUCGAUGAAGAGCAGCUGAAGAUGAUCAAGAAGAGGUCCACGCGAAACUCGCCCGACCACGAGAAAUGGAUCAACCUGUACUGUGUGCUGUUCAAGGUAUCGGUCCAAGACGUUCCUUCGCCCUACCAGGAUGACGACUCCCCCGACUGGAGGAACGGUCACACUGGUCGCUCAAAGCAUGCCCCUUAUCUUGACUAUGUGCGCCAGGAAGUGACACCCCGUGUGCGACUGGUGAUGGAAGAUGCCGCGGGCCGGAUCGUCCAAGAUGCUAUGCCCGAUGCCUGGAACCAGACCAUAGCGCAAUUACAACCCAUCUUGCGAUCCGUGCAACGAAUGUGGGAAAGCAAUCAGUCCCAACAUGUCGUGGACCCCUUGACCGGUCUCGAGUACGUGCACGGCAUGUCCGGCGCCGUCCCAGAAUCGUUCGAAUUCAGCCCCUGGCAGGAUCUCAGCCUGAUCGAUUUCUCGUCUCAGGACGGAUUCCCCUUUGAGGAGCUUGACGCGUCGGUACAGCCGCAGUACAGUGAAGCCCUGUCUGACUCUUCGUACCCGACAGACGCUUCGGGAGGCACUGGCAGCUCCUCCGCUACCUCCAACACGUCGCUGGAAGAUCAAUACCUUUUGCAACAGACUUAUAAGUCUGGCGACGCGCCCCAUGAUUACACACAGGCAUAUCCGCAAGGGACCGGGUACGGACUGCAGGGCAAUGUGGCAGGGUACAAGUAUUGAGAAGGUCUGGUUGCAAGGCUUGUAAAGAGGCAAGUCCUUUGUGGGAGGAGCGCCAUUGCUGGCAGUGUUCUAACUGUAAGUGUGUCACGAUUUAUUACGGGU